GACAGUUUGAAUCACACAAGUGAACUGCAAACAUCUGACGGCAAAACCUUUCUGUAGAACCUCUCAGAGUUGGUUCGUCACUUUGCUUUCCACGACUCCAACAGACACAAUCAUGCAUCAUAUAAGUGCGGUUUUUGGUUGCCUUGUUGUGUUGGGGGCUGUACUGUUGCUGCCCGUGACAUGCCUCAGCACCAUUUUGACUGUGAGUGGGAUCUACAUAGCCUGGAGGAAGCCUUGGAAGUUCAUGCACGUGGCUCUAAACACUAUCAAAAGAGACAUCAUAUGUCUGAUUGUCAUACUGCGAGUCAGGUUUGCGAUGUACCAAAAUACCAGAAAAAAGAGAACCAUACCAGACUUGUUUGCAAAGACGGUCGCAGAGCACCCAGACAAACCAGCUCUAAUCCAUGAGCCCACUGGAGAGGUCUGGACUUUCAAGGAACUGCAAGACCAGAGCCAUGCUGUGGCUCACUGGGCCAUGGCACAAGGGUGGGCAGAGGGUGACGUCGUGGCAUUGUACAUGGAAAGUAGUCUUUCCUUGACAGCACUGUGGUUGGGUCUCGCUAUGGUGGGAGUAGAGGCGGCACUCAUCAACUAUAACCUACGUCUGAAAUCCCUUCAGCACUGUGUUAGUGUUUCUGGGGCCCGUGCGCUAGUUUUUGGGAGUGAGCUAACAGAAGCUGUGUUUGUGGUGAGAGGGUCUCUAAACUGUGACGUGGAUGUAUUUUUCACUGGUGUAAACGGCGAUGAGGAGAAGCUUUGCUGUCUCAAAGCUCAGAAUUUGGAUAAUAUGCUGGCAGGUACACACAAGCACAAACCAAGCUACAAACUCACCAAGACAUUUAACGAGAGACUUUUCUACAUUUAUACCUCUGGUACAACAGGAAUGCCAAAAGCAGCUGUGGUGGUGCACAGUCGGUAUUACCGCAUUGCUGCAUUUGGCUAUCAUGCUUUUGCUUUACGGCGUGAUGAUGUCGUCUAUAACUGUCUUCCACUAUAUCAUUCUGCAGGAACUAUCAUGGGUGUAGGUCAAUGUUUGCUCUUUGGUUUGACUGUUGUGAUCAGAAGUAAAUUCUCAGCCAGCAGAUUCUGGGAUGAUUGUGUUAAACACAACUGCACAGUGAUUCAAUAUAUCGGAGAGAUUUGUCGAUACCUGUUAGCCCAACCAGUUCACUCUUCUGAGAGACGCCACCGGGUCCGUGUCGCCAUUGGUAAUGGCCUUCGUCCAUCUGUUUGGGAGGAGUUUGUUCGGCGAUUCAAAAUAAAACAUGUCGGGGAAUUUUAUGGUGCCACAGAAUGCAACUGCAGCCUCAUCAACAUUGACGGAAAGGUGGGUGCAUGUGGCUUCAGUAGUCGCAUCCUGCCAAGCUUUUAUCCCAUCAGGUUGGUCAGGGUGCAGGAAGACAGUAGAGAACUGCUCAGAGACAUGCAGGGACUCUGUAUACCUUGUCAGCCUGGUGAACCAGGGAUGCUAGUAGGCCACAUCAACGAAAAGGACCCGCUCAGAAGAUUUGAUGGCUAUGCUGAUAAGGAUUCCACCCAACAGAAAAUAGCACACAAUGUCUUUAAGAUGGGGGACUCGGCCUACGUCUCAGGUGACGUAUUGGUGAUGGAUGAUGAUGGCUACAUGUACUUCAGGGACCGCUGCGGCGACACCUUUCGCUGGCGAGGCGAGAAUGUUUCCACCACAGAGGUUGAGGGAAUCCUCAGUGGCCUGCUGGGACACACUGAUGUUGCCGUCUACGGAGUUUCUGUUCCAGGUGUGGAGGGAAGCGCUUGCAUGGCAGCAAUUGCACACUCUGAAGGCCAUUUUGACCUUCACGCCUUCUUAUCUGCAGUCCAAAAAGCCCUCGCUCCAUACGCUCGGCCGCUCUUCCUACGACUCCUGCCAGCUAUAGACACGACAGGCACAUUUAAGAUUCAGAAGAUGCGCCUGCAGAAGGAAGGGUUUAAGUCACAAAAUUCAAGUGAAAAGAUCUAUUUUCUUAACAGUCCUGUUGGCUGUUAUGAAGCUGUCACUGAUGAGCUAUAUGAGUCUAUCAUUGAGGGACGUGUGCGUCUAUGAGACUGUAAGGAUAGACAUUGUUAAUAAGAGCAAUGAAGUGCUUUAAGGGUAAUGCAAAACUAUUCCGUCUAUGAGAGGUGACCAUGCUUAUAAAUUUUUAGAGCGAGUUUGGUAAUAAAAGAUCCAUACAUUAAACAACCGACUUUUGUGGUUAUUUAUAGCUAUUCAUUAUCUGUAUUCAUUUGCUCUGCGUAUACAACACAUUAUCUGAGUCAUUGUUUUAGCCACACUAGCACCAUCUAGUGAGCAAGAGGAAAAUUACUACAAAACUAGGGAGUUGUUCUUUCAUUCUAGUUUUCUAAACAGUUUUAUGCCGUGUCUGUGAAAAAUGUUACAAUUCAUGGAUGUAUUUACUGAGUUAACUCAUAGUUUACCUCAAACUCUUAAAUUAGGAAAGGGUAAAGGUUCAGUUUCCCACCAAACCCAUCAAAUUGUGCUUGGAUGGAAUUUUUUCAUAUAGUAAUAGAGAAUAACUUCACCCAAUUGCUUCUCAAUAUGUAUAUGUAUAAUUUUAUUUCCUAUUUCGAUUGUCUUUGUUUUUUUUUACGUUCUAUUGAUUUUAACGUGAUUUUUAUGAUAUUCAUGUGAUGUAAAGCACUUUGAAUUGCCUUGUGUUGAAUUGUGCUAUAUAAAUAAAUUUGCCUUGCCUUGCCUUGCCUCAAAAAGCUGUAGGAAUCCAUUUCAAUUAUAGUCCACAUUUGUAAGGAGCGCUCACACAGUGAAUCUUUUUAGCCCCUCUUUAUGAAUUAACUAUUGAUUUAUGCAAAACCAUCUGUUUGCAAUAUGCACUGACUGUAAAGAGGGGAGAAUCGGGCAAGCUGUGGUCUUUAGAAAUAUUUCUGAUGAAAUGCUCUGCAAUGGUCAUAAGAGAGCUCCUUUUGUGUGCACACUUGGGAUGUGUGCACCCACUUGAUGACUAGUACAACUGUAUUUCCUCUGUGUUAAUUCUCAUGAUAGCCUAUGUGCUCAUUUUUAGACAACAGAACACGUAAUAUGAUUUCAGGAUCUGUCCUGGUGUGCAAUGGUACACAUAAGGGUGCAUUUUGGACCAAAGCAGGUUUAUUUCAGGAGACAGAAUUUCUAUUCGUGUGUUUAUACUUUCAUCAUAGUUGAUUGAACGAAUGUGGCAUACAGUGGGGCAAAUAAGUAUUUAGUCAACCACUAAUUGUGCAAGUUCUCCCACUUUAAAAUAUUACAGAGGCCUGUAAUUGUCAACAUGGGUAAACCUCAACCAUGAGAGACAGAACGUGGGGGGAAAAAAACUGAAAAUCACAUUGUUUGAUUUUUAAAGAAUUUAUUUGCAAAUCAUGGUGGAAAAAAGUAUUUGGUCACCUACAAACAAGCAAGAUUUUGGUCAAUACCAAAAGUUCAUCUCAAUACUUUGUUAUGUACCCUUUGUUGGCAAUAACGGAGGCCAAACGUUUUCUGUAACUCUUCACAAGCUUUUCACACACUGUUGCUGGUAUUUUGGCCCAUUCCUCCAUGCAGAUCUCCUCUAGAGCAGUGAUGUUUUGGGGCUGUCGUUGGGCAACACGGACUUUCAACUCCCUCCUCACCCCAUGGCAUCAAAAUGAUAACAAGAACGGGGAGCAAAAAUCCCAAAACCACAGAGGGGGACCUAGUGAAUGACCUACAGAGAGUGGGGACCACAGUAACACAAUGCGCCGCCAGGGACUCAAAUCCUGCACUGCCAGAAGUCUACCCUGCUGAAGAAAGUACACGUCCAGGCCGGUCUGCGGUUCACUAGAGAGCAUUUGGAUGAUCCAGAAGAGGACUGGGAGAAUGUGUUAUGGUUAGAUGAAAACAAAAUAGAACUUUUUGGUAGAAACACAGGUUCUCUUGUUUGGAGGAAAAAGAAUACUGAAUUGCACCAUACCCACUGUGAAGCAUGUGGGUGGAAACAUCAUGCUUUGGGGCUGUUUUUCUGCAAAGGGACCAGGACGACUGAUCUGUGUAAAGGAAAGAAUGAAUGGGGACAUGUAUCGAGAGAUUUUGAGUGAAAAUCUCCUUCCAUCAGCAAGGGCAUUGAAGAUGAGACGUGGCUGGGUCUUUCAGCAUGACAAUGAUCCCAAACACACAGCCAGGACAACAACGGAGUGACUUCGUAAGAAGCAUUUCAAGGUCUCGGAGUGGCCUCGCCAGUCUACAGAUCUCAACCCCAUAGAAAAUCUGUGGAGAGAGUUGAAAGUCCGUGUUAGUUAAUUAAGUCAAUUAGUGGUUGACUAAAUACUUAUUUGCCCCACUGUAUUCAUUUCCUUAUGAUAAAAAAAAAAAGUCAACGUUUGCCCGAUCUUCAAAAUAUAUUCCAUUUCACUCUGCAUAAUAUAUGUCAUAUGUACUUAUUUUGUCCAAAUGUAUGUUACCUAUAUCUUUAUUAUUUAAAAAAAAGAAAAAAGAAAAAAAAAAGAAAAUGUUUACAUUACCUUCAAUUUUAAUAUACAUCCUAUGUUCUUAAGUAGUUAAAAUUGAGAUUUGGCAUUUAGUAUGUGAGGAAAUGAGGGAAAAUAAAAAUUAGGAGAUGGAGGUUGGGUUAUUGCUGUUUUUGUUAACUUUUAUUUUGCAAAUCAUUGAAAAAAAUACAAUUUUGAUUGAAAAUCAGUUUUUGUAUGUGUUAUAGAAAUAACUGCUAAAACAGUUUUGUUUGCAUUUCAGUAGUUUAAGAGGUUUCAGCCCCCCCUCAAAUGAAAGAAAAAAAAUAAAAUAAAAUUUCUGGCUCCGUGGCGACCUUCACAUUGGGGAGUUCCAGCAAGAAAUUCUAGCCACUUUCACCCCUGGGUAUGAUGCUCUCAGUGCAUUCGCU